AUGCUACGCGCGCCAUGGCUUGGAGCGCUCGCCUUGACGUCAAGUGGCGGCUUAUCAGUGCUCGCAGACUAUUUAACGGUCGAAAUCUUCACGGAUGCCAACUGUAAAUCAAUUCCGUUGGUCGUGACUCUAGAAAUGACCAACGUGACUUGUCCGACUACGACGAAUGACACGUGCAUUGCUACCGAGAUUAAUAAUUCAGCUUACUACUUUGCGCAGCGAUGUGCGACCGAUCGGUUCAAGUACACAUCGUCAUUAUUUAGCGGUGCCAAGUACUUGAUGAUUGAUGGUUUUGCAGAAGAAGGGUGUCAGUCGUACGCACGUUCCAACAUUUUCCUGGCUGCCGGAACAUGUCAACUUGCAUCGUACGUUGGUACACGCAGUGGAAUUGCAACGCUUUUCAAUGACGGGUCGGCAUAUAUGACCGUCUACAAUGACUCAGCAUGCGGCACCAAGGCGCAAAUAUUCGACCUCAGCUCCAACAUCAUUCAAGAUCACACGUGUUACCAAGGCUACAAUAAAUUCUACACGUCAGAUCAUACAGGUAUUGCUACAGAGAGCGAUUCUAGCGGUAGUGGCUCUGAUAUGGUUCCAACCACAGAAAUCACACCGACACCCAAAAUGAGCUCGAGUGCGCUGUUUGGUAUCAUCAUGAUAUGUUUAGUGAUCGUCAUCCUUCCUGCUCUGCUGAUCUACUGGAAGUUGCGUCGAACGAAGCGAAAGAAGAACCGUGAUAGCAAUCGUGCUCAAAGUCGCGAAAUUGCAUUGGCCGUUAGUGCCAAGCACAAUGACGAAGAGCAGCGAUAUGCUCCAGAACUGUCCUCUCGGAGUGAUCAAAGUAGUACGUUUAGCUCGCGCGUAGGGGGGCUGCUGGUACCAGCACGGCGGUGUGAUCCUGUGCGUAGUGAUGGGUUGCGUGACACCCCUGUACGCCCUCGUAAGGUCGAGCAGCGCAAGGGGAAAUUUUCGCGUGAAGAAUCACGUAGCGUAGGUGGGUCGCGUGGUGACAGGUUUCGCAGCGACUCUGUCGACCGUAGUUGUCGGCUGCACUCCGACGACCUUGGCGCUAGUCCGAUACGUGGAAAUCGGUUGCAACGUGAGGAUAUGAGUGACAAUGCAGUGCAGAGGGACCCGAUCCAUAACGACAAAAAAAUGUCACGUAAAGACCUUGUCAGGAGAGAUCCGGUGGACCGGAUGCGAAGUGUCGAUCAACACAGCCAUCAACCCCCCAAUGAUCCUGUACAGAAUAUUGGGGCUCGUGAACAGCAACCUGAGCCUCCGAUUCACGCUCAAAAACUACGUGGUCCGGUUACUGCGGAUAGUGUCUGUGAAGACGACGCCAUUUUGUCUUCCCGGAUUCCACGAGAUAGCGUCUUUGUGGAAAAUUUGAUCGGUCGUGGAGGAUAUGGCGAAGUGUAUAAGGGCACCUAUGAGGGCAGGUUGGUUGCCAUAAAAAUGCUGUUUCCGGAGGCGCGGAAGAGCACAAGGCACGUGACUGAAUUUCUGACUGAAGUCAAGAUGAUGACAGUCAUGGACCAUCCGCGUGUCGUGGAAUAUAUUGGUGUGUCCUGGAACAAUUUGAUGGACUUGUGUGUGGUGACCGAAUUCAUGGCAGGAGGCGACUUGCGAGCAUGGUUGAGUGACCGUGCCGACAAUAGUGGUCUCGUUGGCUUUGACUAUACGAAAGUAAAAAUUGCGACGCACGUUGUCAACGCGCUUGCCUAUUUGCACUCGUUAACUCCAUCGGUGAUUCACCGCGACUUGAAAUCUAGAAACAUUCUGCUGAACGAGAACCACGACGCAAAGUUAGCUGAUUUUGGCGCGUCUCGUGAGCGAGUAGACCGGACAAUGACAGCAGGAGUUGGCACGUCGCUGUGGAUUGCGCCGGAAGUGAUGAUGGGAGAACGAUACGAUGAAAAGGCCGACAUGUUUUCAUUUGGUGUGGUGCUGUCAGAAUUAGAUUCCCAGCAGAAUCCGUACGCUCAUGCAAAGGAGAAUAACCCAACAGGACGAAAGAUGCCUGAAACAGCCAUCCUUCAGCUAGUGGCCAUAGGCAAACUACGCGUAGAAUUUUCUGCGGGGGCUCACAAGGGAGUGGUGCAGCUUGGUGUGGCGUGUACGGCAAUUGACCCGGCGGAGCGACCGACAGCAGCCGAAGCGCUCCAAAAACUACAGCUAAUUCUUCGACAAGAGGCCAAGAAAGUUGCCAACGCGAGAUGA